UAUAUCCCUAAUUGUCACCAACUCCUCUAAUAGUCAUCCGCAUCACUCAACCUAUGUUGCUCCCACGUCCUUGGUCAUGCCAUUAGACGCAACUUUGCCCACUGCCAGACAUGGGCGACCUCAAUAUCAAACUGGGUCAUACGAUUGUGACCCAGGAUGGAAGAGAAGGGAUCAUUCGAUAUAUUGGACCAUUACACAUCGCGGCUGGUGAAUGGUUAGGUCUCGAACUUCCAGAUCAAUCCGGCAAAAAUGAUGGAUCUGUUAAAGGCCAACGUUAUUUCCAGUGUACCCCUGGCUAUGGCAUCUUCGUGCGAAAGGAGUCGGCCAUUACCAUCUCCAAGCUGUCCUCACAGAACCCGAGGCUCAACGGGGCUCCGACCUCUAAUGGCCCCUCCACCAAACCGAGACCAUCCAGCGGAGUGACGGCGGACGUUGCGAGGAAGAGGCAGAGUUUGAUGAGUUCAGGCUCAGGGUCGGCCACGACAUCAAGAUUGUCAUUAAGGUCUCCUACCAAAUCACCUACGAAGCCGACACCCUCCGUCGCCAGUUCGACCGGGUCAACUCCACGCACAGGAACUCCUGCAACAACCGCACGAACUUCCGAUUCCAGUACUAGAUCUAGGCUCAGUACAGCCGGAAGAUCGUCAAUGGCUCCGCCUAGCACGACAACACGAUCGAGUUCAGUCGCGAGUCGACAGUCUUUGGCAGGCGGUGCGGUAAAACCAUUGUCCACAAGACCUGCUUCGAUACAGUCACGACAGUCAUUGGCGGGUCCCCGGCUGUCCAUGGUCUCAAAAGCAGCUCCCAAACAUGACACAGUCGUCUCGCCCUCUGCAUCUCAUGAAAGCGUCUCGUCGCCACCCCUGCACGAAGAAAAGGAAUCGGACCAGGAAGCACCACCCGAUGCAGACAAGCACAAGCCUGAGCCUCCAAAAGCACAAGACCGAACAUUCGAGUCUAUCGCCACACGCCAACAAUCUGAUACUUCACUUCGAGAUGCUGGUAACGCUCUGGCCGAGGAUCGGUCGAGACAUGCUCAAGUGAUCAAAACCCUCGAAACGAAGGUUCGCAGCUUGCAGAAACAGCGCCGGGAAGACCAGGCUGAACUACAAAGCCUUCAAGACCUUAAGGCCCAAGUUGCACGGUAUGAGGGUAUCAUUCAGACCCUGCAAAAGAAAAUCAAAGCCAAUCAACAAGAGAUGGCAGAUCUCAAGGCCAAAUAUGAAGAUGCAGAAAGUCGGGCUCACAACGUUCCUGAUCGCAGUGCCGAACAUGAAUCCGAACUUGAGCUGGCUACGCUUGACAAGGAGAUGGCCGAAGAACGUGCCGACACCUUCGAGGCAGAGUUAGAGGCCUUGAAACUGAAGCAUGAAGAACUGGAGCUCGAAGCAGAGAUCCUGAGAGAAGAAAACCGGGAACUGAGUUCAGUCAUGAGUCCGGAAGACAAAGCUAGUGCUGGCUGGCUUCAGAUGGAGCGUGAAACCGAAAGGUUGAGGCAAGCACUGGUUAUGCUGCGUGAUAUGUCUCAACAGAAUGAAGCCGAUAUGAAGAGUGAAAUCAAAGAACUCCACGAGACUCUCGAUGAGUUGGAACAUUCCUCCUCGAAGUACGAAGAGGUAUCGGCCAAACUUAGCAAGUCUGAAGAAACUAAUCAACACCUUCGAGAGCAGCUUGAAGCAGCCGAAGCGAAUGACGAUAUGCUAGAGGCGAUGAGUGCCGAGCGAGACCAGAAUCGUAGUGAGAUUGAAUUGCUCAAGAGGCAAAUUCAGGACUUUGAAGAGCACAUCCAGGUGACUGAUGAACUGGAAGCAUUCCACGUGGAAGAAGAAAAACGUCUUCACUAUCAACUGGAUGAGAGCGAGGCAAUCAUCAAUGACAAACAAAGGCGAAACCUCGAGCAGCAGAAGACCAUUGAGGACAUGGAAUACACUCUAAGCAAGUUCAGGGAGAUCGUCCAAGGCCUUCAGGGUGAUAUUGACGAACUUCGCCGGUCGCGAGAGAUCAGCGAGACUGAAGCAAACGAAAUGAGUAGUAAGUCACGAGCCAUGAUGGAGCUGAAUCUCAAACUGCAAAACUCGGCGACAAAAACACAACUCAAAGCAAUAGACCUGGAAAUGGGCAAAAUGCGGGCCGAACAAGCAAGUUUGCACCUCGAAAUCUUGCAAUACUUCAUACCGGAAACUUUUGAUGUUGACAAGAAACCUAUUGCUGCCCUCUUGUGCUUCAAACGGAUCAGGUCGAAGGCACAUUUGAGCAAGACUAUCCUGAUGGACAAAAUUCGAGAUCGGCCCGACCUUCUCCAGGACAAUGUAGUGUCCAUAUUUGCUGUGAUGGAGAAAAUGAGCUACAUCGCCACCAUCUGUGAGAGAUUUGUGCAGUUCAUGACGACUUGUUCUUUGAGUGACUUCAUAAAAUACUCUGCUGCACCCUUUGAACUUGAGCCUGUGGAACUAGCCGUCACUGGCUGGGUUGAAGCAUUACGCCGGGAUGAGCUUGCGUCUGAUAGAGCCGAUCAUUUACAACGUAUGGCUGGCAUUCUUGUCGACAUGGCGGAGAAAUUGCUUUCCGAUAGCCUCGAAACUAAAGCUAUGGAGCUAUUGGCAAACGCUUCCAUGACCGAAAUGUACACCGACAGCGUGGCACAUCAAGCGCAGGUUCUCGCGAAAGCGGUGCAGGCCAGACUGGGAGGUUCGACUGCCGACGACGAAAGCGCCCUGACCUUUGAGAAGAGAGUGGAUCAACUUGGUAUCAAGGCUCGCACAGUCAAGUACACUUCUGGAAAACUCCUCCACACCCUCGAUGAUCUCCGAGCUCGUUCAAUGUGCCUUGGAGAGCCAAUGUGGCAUUCGUUUGCGGAAGCGGAGCACGUAGCCUCGACAUUAUCCCAAUUGACUCAGCACAUUGGACAUGCAGUCAUGGAAGAACUCAACAAAGAUGAAAGAGAUGAGCCACUUUCAUAUGCGACACUUGUUGAUGCUAUGUCGAAAUUUAUCGACAAAGAACGACCAGCUUCCACCGUGCAAGUUGACUCGCAGGAUGUGUUCGACAUCUUGGCGAAGCACUUAUCCGCUCUGCAAGCCACUAUUGAUGAUCUGCACACCAAAUCGGCCGACCUAUCCGGAGCAUUUGAAUUCGAGAAGGGCCCCGCACCAUGGGCUUUGCGAGCGAAAGAGGUUAAGGCGCAGAAAGUCUUGUCGCAAGACAUGCAAGAGGAAAUGGCUCGACUGAAAUCAAGAAUACAAGAACAGACCAUCAGAAUCAGCGAGAAGGACAGGCAGCUUGAAGAACAACAGGUCAAGGUCGAACUGCUUGAAUCGAGAGCGAGAGAGACCAAGAUCAAAGACGACGGCGUCAAAGCUAUGAAAGAAGAGAUCGAGAAACUACGAGCCGAAAGCGCGGCAGCAUCCCAAAGUCUACGCCAAUUGGAGGCUGACCACCGUGCCCUGCUUGAGAACCGGGAAAGCGAUAAAUUGGAACUGGACGCCAUGAAACAAAGAGCACCCGCAGACAGUCAAGGGAUCCUCACUGGUCCUGUGGAUGAAACCACAUCUUUGCAAUUCAAGGCCGAAGUUGAACUACUCAAGACUGAGAUCGUGAGUCUACAAGCGUCCGUACGAUUCCUGAAGUUCGAGAACACGCAACUCAGAGUGCCAGUCGAUGAAGCUGGCCUGGAAGCCAUUGAGCAUGGCUGGCUUGAUCCAAACCAGCUGAAACCAAAACGAGGCGGAGACAAGACCAUGGAGUUGCGCACCGGAUCCAAGGACGUUUUAGCUAGUCUAAUUCAUCUGGCCAAAGCUUCGAAACCUAUAAAGUUGGUUGCAAGAACUAGUUCUGAUCAGGCUGAUACAAGUCGAGCAUCUACCUGGCGAUCACAAUCGACUACGACAUUGUACCAAGUUCUCCAGCGGAAAGAGGAAUUGGAACGGUGGAAUGAAAUGAAGGACGAUUUGAUCAAAAGAGCCAGGAUCAUAAUGCGACCUGCAAAGCCGCAACAUAGUGGCCAUGGAAAGCUCUGUGGCUUCGAAGAGGGACAGGAGACUUUCUUGCCGUCGAGCGAAGGCGUGCACAUUGUGCAGCAUUGAUAUAAAGAAAGCGACAGCUGUUAUCAGUUGUGCUCGGUCACGGGCAAGGAUUUCCCGGGUAUAUUUGUUUGAGAGUUGCUCAGGCUGGGGUUACUGGACGAAGGGAGUGCUUGUUUGACAAAUCCAAUACCUCGAAGGGAUCACUUUCUCAAGCUUAUUACUUUUCGAUUCGAAAUUUACUUCACUUCAUGUACACUGAUACACAUAAUGAGCUUAGGGUGGACCGAUGACAGCAACAGCGUGUCGUCUGUAGGUGUGGUCGUGGAAGAUUUGACGUGCAACCACAUCCAAACAUUUCAUAUUCUGCCAUAUUUGUCUUUGGAUUUGAAUACGUCUUCCAACGAGUGGCUG